AUGAAGUUUGUGGAGGCGCUGGCGGCGGCUUUGGAUGGCGGCCUUGGAGGCGCUGGUGGCGGCCUUGGAGGCGCUGGUGGCGGCCUUGGAGGCGCUGGCGGCGGCUUUGGAGGUGGAUGCCAGGAGGGACAAAUUCUGCACGUCGAUGGAACAUGCGUGACUCCUGUGAUUACCAGGAAGGUCUACUUAUACGAUGCUCCUGAGGUUCCAGAGGGGCCUUUUGGCCCACCCCCAAGCUUGCCACCUCCUCAAGUUGAACACAACAUCGUCUUCGUUCGUCUUCCCGAAGUUGCUCCUCCACCAGAGCCAGUCAUCAUCCCUCCACCGAAGCAGGAGAGCAUCGUUUACGUCCUCAAUAAGAAGGAAGAACAAGCUCAACAAGUCAUUGAAGUUGAAGCUCCUCCAGCAUCCAACCCUGAAGUUUACUUCGUCAACUACCAGGACGGAGAAAACCCAACUCUGCCAAUCGGUGUGGAUCUCGAGACUGCCCUUAGUGUUGCUAGCGCCGCUGGUGGCCAAGUUCUCGGAGGAGCUGGCGGUCUUGGUGGAGGAGCUGGAGGAGUCGGUCUUGGUGGAGGAGUUGGAGGAGUCGGUCUUGGUGGAGGAGCUGGAGGAGUUGGUCUUGGUGGAGGAGCUGGAGGAGUCGGUCUUGGUGGAGGAGCUGGAGGAGUUGGUCUUGGUGGAGGCGCUGGCGGUCUUGGCGGAGGAGCUGGAGGAGUCGGUCUUGGUGGAGGCGCCGGAGGAUUCAAUGGAGGAGCAGGAGGCUUCAAUGGAGGCGCCGGAGGCUUCAGUGGCGGCGCCGGAGGCUUCAAUGGCGGCGCCGGAGGCUUUGGAGGUAAUGGAGGAUUCGGUGGUGCCAGCGGUGGCACUCCCUCUGGUCUCUACACAGGACCAUAAGUUAUUUCAGUUCGACAUUGAAUCAUCAAUGAUUAGUAUUUUGUUGUUUAAUGGUUGGUUACACUCUGCAUUGCAGUUAUAUAAAGAUUGUUUAUACUGUGGGAUGUAUUCGGAAAUAAAAAAAAA